CUCAAACUCACUUCCUACAGUACGUCCUUGUUUCGCUUCAGGCUCGUGCCUCAGAAACUCCGUGUGGACUGGGGAAUGGUUACGAAUAUUAUAAAGAAGAAGAAGCUUUGGAAAAUCGCCUAAUGUAAAAUUACAUCAAAAUGAACGCAGUACUAGCAUCUAUAAUGUUCACUCUGUUCCUGGAAUCAUAAAGGAGUAUUAAAAUAAAUAAAAUCCAAAGAACCAGGUCGAGAAGAUGCAGAGAACAACCACGCAGAGAAUCCAGGAGAAACAGAAGACAAUAGAGGAGCUGAAACAGGUUGUGAACACACUGAAGCACUCUGCUCAGACAGCGGUGGAGCACAGUGAGAAGAUCUUCACUGAGCUCAUCCUCUCUAUCAAGAGAAGACAGCAUGAGGUGACCCAGCUGAUCAGAGAUCAGGAGAGGACUGAAGUGAGUCGAGCUGAAGGACUCCUGGAGCAGCUGGAGCAGGAGAUCGCUGACCUCCAGAGGACAGACACAGAGCUGGAUCAACAUCCACACACAGAGCAACAUUUUCCUUUUAAGAAACUCUCUGAUUGUUCUGAAUAUGAUCAGUCAUCCAGUAUGACUGUUAAUCAUAUUCUGUUUGAUGGACUGAGGAAAUCUCUCUCUGAUUUAAAACAACAUUUUGAAGAUUUUUGUCAGGAGGAGAUCAGUAAUAUCAUCUCUGUUGUUGCAAGAAUUCAGAUUUUACCAUUAACCAGAAUCAGGAAUCACUUUAAACAAUAUUUUUGUAGCUUUACCCUUGAUCCCAACACAGUGGUUGAAGACCUCGUCCUCUCUGAGAACAACAGACAGAUGACAUAUACUGGGCAUUUAGGGAUUUAUAAGUUCCCCUGCAAGGUGUUUUGCAAGGAGAGUGUGUUUGGACGCUGCUAUUGGGAGGUGGAGUGGAGCGGGAGAUGUGUGCAUAUAUCAGUCUCGUAUAAAGAAAUGAGUGGCAGAGGAAAGGGAUUAGUUGGUACGUUCGGAAACAACAACACAUCUUGGAGUCUGCAGUGUUUUCCCAAGCCUGUUUUCUGGCAUAAGAGCAUUAAAACAGAGAUCUCAAGACCUCUGUCCUCUAGGGUAGGUGUGUUUGUGGACUACAGUGCAGGGACUCUGUCUUUCUACAGUGUCUCUGAUACAGUGACCCUCUUACACCGCGUCCAGACCACAUUCACUCAACCCCUGUAUCCUGGAUUUUGGUUCAGCGCAUUAGGUUCUGGAGAUCUGCUUAAUCUAGACAACUCUGGGUCAAACACCAGUGUGUUCUCCUCAGUGAAACUAUGUGAUCCAUAAACCAGUUUUGUGUUCCCCUUAUUUAAAUGCAGCAUUGCGUAUAUAUAAAUAUUUACAAUCACAAUGUUAUCACAUAUUUAAUUUUUUUACAAGUAGUAUGACAGGAAUUAUUAUAUUUUAAAAAUUAAAAUGUGUUUGUGUUUGUAAAACAAAACAUUAUAGCCUGGUUUAACUGAUUUUUUCCCCUCCUUUCUGUUGACCUAUGGAAGAUUUUACGAAAAUCUCAGCUGAGCAAUAAAACAAGACAGUCUAAUAAAGUGUUUGAUUAUAGUGUGAGGUAUAAAUUAUAUUUUCCCAUAGACAUUUUCUUACAAUAAGGACUUUGUGAAAAUGCAGUAUAAUUGUUAUUUUAUUUUUUAAUAUAAAUGAAUUAAAAUGUAAUAACAAAAUGAAAGCGCAAAAUGUAAAAUAUCACU